AAUUCAUCGAAUGUUGUUAGAAAAAAUAAUUUGAAAAUUAAGGAAUAUUUAAUAGAAGAUAAUAAUAUUAAAGAUUUAAAUUGUAUAUGUUCUAAAAAUGUGGCCCCUCCUAUAACAGUUAUAUUACAGGAAGAAAAUUAUAUUUCCAACACAUAUGAUAUGAUGCAAAAUAAUAAAAAUAUUGAUAAUAAUAAUGAUAAUAAUAAUAAUAAUAUGUGUAAAAGUGAAAUUUAUAUUUACAAUAUAAAUAAUAAGGAACCUAAGGAAGACAAAGAAGAAAAUAUAAAUAAUAAUAUUAUUAUAUAUAGCAAUAAAAAAGAUAAUGAAAAAAAUAGCUGUUUAAAUGAUGUUAUAAAUAAAUAUUUAAAUGAUUUAGAUAAUCAAGAAAAGAUAGAACCUAAAGAGGAACAGGACAGCUGUGUAAACAAUAUAAAUAUUAUAAAUAAUAAAAAUAAUAUACAUAUUACAAAUAAUACAAAUAAUUCAAACAAUAUAAAUAAUAUAAAUAUCACAAGUCAUAUUAAUAAUAAUUAUUAUCAUUUUAAUGAUAAUUCAUAUAAUUAUCAUGAGAAUGAAAAUAUAAAUAUGAAUCCUUAUUUAAAUCUGCAAGGAUAUAUUUAUAAUACAACCAUAGAAGAAAAACAAAAUGAUUUAUGUGAACAGUAUAUUCCAUAUCCUACAAAUAAUAUUGAAGAAAAUAUGAAUAAUUAUAUCAAUGACAUAUACAAUGAACACUCUUAUGGUCUAUAUCAAUCAUGUAUGAAUGAUAAUAUGAAAAAUGAAAAUGAUGAUAAUAAUAAUAAUACUUGUGUAGUGACAUCCUGUGAAAAAAUAUAUGAAUAUAAAAACCUACCACAGCAACAACAAUCAUAUGAUGAAAAUAAUUAUUAUUCACACAAUAAAAAAAGAACUAACUAUUCAAAUAAUAAUAAAACGAAUAGGUGUGAUAAAUAUACAAAUGAAAAUAAAUAUCAAAGAGGUUUAUAUAAUAAAUAUUUAUAUACAAAAGAUAAAAAUAAUUUAUAUAACAGUAGUAAAAUGAAAGAUCAUAAAUAUAAUGAGAAAAAAGACAGAAGAACUGAAAAUAAUAAUAAUAAUAAUAAUAAUAAAAAUAAUAGUAAUAGUUUUUAUGGUGACAAACAUAUUACAUAUAAUAAGAACAAAAAGGAUAAUAAAUUUUUUGAUGAUGAUAAAAAACAUAAAAGAUAUUCUGAAGAAUCUGAAUGUAGUAUAUUCAAUGAUGAUAAUUAUCGUGUGCAAUGUAAAUUAUAUGGUGAUGAAAAAAUAAAUAUUCCUAAGGCAUUAAUAAAUAUGGAGCAAUUAAGUAACCAAUGUGAUGAAGAAUUAUAUAAGAAUAUAUGCUUGAAAGGUUACUAUAAUAUGACUACUAUUCAAAAAUAUUCCAUCCCAAUAAUUUUAAAAAAAAUAAAUCUUAUAGCAUGUUCACAAACAGGAAGUGGAAAAACAUUUUCUUUUUUAUGUCCUAUUAUAUCUAAUCUUAAAAAAGAAAACGAGAUAUUCCGUCCUUACUUCCAUGGAGCAUAUGCAUGUAUAUCUCCUUUGUGUUUAAUAUUAUGUCCAACCCGAGAAUUAGUAAUACAGAUACAAAACGAGGUUAAUAGCUUAACGAAAAAUAUGAGUAUAGUUUGCAUGUCCUUUUAUGGAGGGGAGACAAUGAAGGAACAAAUUGCCAAGAUAAAUGAAAAACAGGGAGAUAUUAUCAUUUGCACACCAGGAAGGUUAUUGGAUUUAUUAAAUAGUUGUAAAGUAAGUCUUUCAUUUAUAAAAUAUUUAAUUUUUGAUGAAGCUGAUGAAAUGAUAUCUCUAGGCUUAAAAAAACAAAUGGACGAAAUAAUUUUUCAAAAGGAUUUAAGUCCAAAGGAUACGAGACAAACAAUAUUCUUUACUGCAACAUUCUCUGAUAAGUUAAAGGAGCAUAUAGAAAAUUAUAUGAGCACCCCUUAUAUAUAUUUGAAUAUAAAGCAAAAGAGGGAGAUGAAGAAUAGGAUAAGAGAGAUUGUGAAAUACGUACCUGCAAAGUCCAAAUUUAUUGAACUUUUAAAGGAUAUUAAAAUAUUAAAAGGACAAGCCAUAAUAUUUGUAGAAUUAAGACAAUCAAUAAAUAAUGUUUUUAAUUUUUUAAAAACAAAAGGUUAUAAUGUGGAUUAUUUGCAUGGUAAAAUGAGUCAGAUUAGGAGACAAUCAGUAUUUGAGAGUUUUAAAAAUAAAUCUGUUCAAAUACUCAUAGCUACAUCAAUAGCAGCAAGAGGAUUAGAUUUUCCAGAUUUAGAAUUAGUAAUAAAUUAUGAUCUUCCUUCAGAAUUUGAACAGUAUAUGCAUAGAAUUGGAAGGACUGGAAGGAUUGGUAAGAGUGGGAUGGCUAUAAAUUAUUUUAAUAGUUCAAAUAAAAAAAUUAUUGAUAAACUUAUUGAUCAUUUGAGGAAAUAUGAUCAACCGGUUCCUAACUGGUUGAUCCACUUCAAGAAAUGA